CCCACUGUCGUUUGCAUUGUGAAGGUUGAUUUCAUUUCACGGCGACGUUUUGUCGUCCUCCUCCGCCGUCAACCGACGACCGAGGGUGUCCACAAGGCUCCAGGAGAAAACCCCAAGUACCUUCGCCUGGACUCGGCUACCGGGGCCCGAGCAUGGGGAGGAGGGUAGCCGGACACGAGCGUGUCUUGUGCGGCAUGCCGCUGUGACAAGCACCCCCUCUCCGUCUCCCCGCUAGGAAGCAUCCAUCACUCCUCAAAGUGCAUUCACAACAUGACUGUUUUUAAGCAGGAGAAUGUUGAGGAGUUUUAUGAGAUCGGAGACGAGCUGGGCAGUGGCCAGUUCGCCGUGGUACGGCGGUGUCGUCAACGGAGCACGGGCACAGAGUACGCCGCCAAGUUCAUCAAGAAGCGACGGAGCAAAUCCAGCCGACGCGGGGUCACUCGAGAAGACAUCGAGCGCGAGGUCAACAUCCUCAAAGAGAUCCAGCACCCAAACAUCAUUACCCUCCAUGAGGUCUUUGAGAACAAGGUUGACGUCAUUCUCAUCUUGGAGCUUGUGGCCGGCGGAGAACUCUUUGACUUCCUGGCAGAGAAAGAGUCGCUGAGCGAGGAGGAAGCCACGCAGUUCCUCAAGCAGAUCUUGGACGGUGUCUUCUACCUGCACUCCAAACGCAUUGCCCACUUUGACCUCAAGCCAGAGAACAUCAUGCUUCUGAGUCGCUCGGCACCACACCCGCGCAUCAAGCUCAUCGACUUCGGCCUGGCGCACAAGAUUGAUUUUGGCAACGACUUCAAAAACAUUUUCGGAACGCCGGAGUUUGUCGCUCCUGAGGUGGUGAAUUAUGAACCUCUGGGCUUGGAGGCAGACAUGUGGAGUGUUGGUGUGAUAACAUAUAUUCUGCUGAGCGGGGCCUCCCCUUUCCUGGGCGACAACAAGCAAGAGACGCUGGCCAACGUGUCGGCCGUGGACUACACUUUUGACGAAGACUUCUUCAGCGGCACCAGCAUCCUGGCCAAAGACUUCAUUACCAGACUCCUCAUCAAAGACCCCAAAAAGAGGAUGAGCAUUCAGGAUAGCCUUCAACACCCAUGGAUCAAGCCCAAAGAUACACAACAGGCGCUGAGUCGGAAAGAGUCUGCGGUCAAUAUGGAAAAGUUCAAAAAGUUUGCAGCUCGAAGGAAGUGGAAACAAUCCGUUCGACUCAUCUCCUUGUGCAACCGCCUGUCGCGCUCCUUCCUAUCCAGAAGCAACAUGAGCGUGGCGCGUAGUGACGACACAUUGGAUGAGGAAGACUCAUUCGUGAUGAAGGCCAUCAUCCACGCCAUCAACGAUGACAAUGUUCCGGGCCUGCAGCAUCUACUGGGCUCAUUGAACAGCUACGACGUCAAUCAGCCCAACAAGCACGGGACGCCGCCGCUGUUGACGGCAGCCGGCUGUGGCAACGUUGACAUCAUCAAGGUGCUCGUCAGGAAAGGAGCCCACAUUCAUGCCCUUGACAAGAGUGGAGCCAACGCCGUCUACUACGCAGCGAGACACGGUCACGUGGACACCCUCAAAUUCCUCCAUGCCAACAAAUGUCCUCUGGACGUACAAGAUAAGUCUGGUGAAACAGCUCUGCACGUGGCAUCUCGCUACGGCAAUGUGGAUGUGGUGAGCUACCUCUGCGGCAUCCGGGCAAACCCUGACCUCUGUGACAAGGAGCGAGAGACGGCUUUGCACUGCGCGGCCUGGCACGGCUACUCGGCCGUGGCCCGGGCAUUGUGCCGGGCCGGCUGCCGCGUGGACGCCAAGAAUCGUGAAGGCGAGAGCGCCCUGCUUACCGCGUCCGCACGUGGGUUCGUGGACAUCGUGGAGUGCCUUGCGGACCACCGUGCCGACCUGGAGACCACCGACAAAGACGGCCACACCGCUCUCCACCUGGCUGUGCGGCGGUGCCAGCUGGAGGUGGUCCGAUGCCUGCUGACUCGCGGCUGUCAGACGGACCGUCAGGAUCGCCACGGCAACGUGCCGCUGCAUAUCGCCUGCAAGGACGGAAACCUGCCGGUUGUGGUCGCACUCUGCGCUGCCCGAGCCGUACUCGACAUCCCCAACAAGUAUGGCCGGACCCCCCUCCACCUGGCUGCCAGCAACGGGGGCCUUGAAGUUGUGCGUCACCUCUGCCUCUCUGGCGCCAAUACGGAUGCCGUCACCAACGAUGGAAAAAGCGCUGAGGACUUGGCGUCAGCUGAGCAACAUGACAUUAUAGUGGCCUUGUUAGGAAAGCUUAAAAAGGACAACCACAAGCUGGCCUUCAUCCAGCAGCUGCGGUCCACGCAGACGGUCCAGCCGCGGAUCAAGCUUAAACUUUUUGGCCAGCAGGGGGCCGGCAAAAGCACGUUGCUGGAGUCUCUAAAGUGCGGCAUCCUGCGCAGCUUCUUCCGACGGCGACGGACCACCCGGAUGACCAACUCGGCGAGACACCCAAACUCUCCCGUCAAUUCCAAGCCCGCCGUGUCUGUGAGCAUCUCCAACUUGUACCCAGGCUGCGAAAAUGUCAGUGUGCGCAGCCGCAGCAUGAUGUUCGAGCCCAGCUUGACCAAAGGCGUCCUGGAGGUCUUUGCGCCUGCGCACGGUGGCCUGUCACCUGCCGCGGCCGCCGACGAUUUAGCCACCAGGGCUGUCGACAUCCAGCACGCGAACAUCCACGGCGUGGGAGAUUUCAGCGUGUGGGAGUUUUCCGGAAACCCUGUCUACUACUGUGCCUACGAUUACUUUGCGGCGAACGACGCCACGGCCAUCCACGUGGUUGUCUUCAGUCUGGAGGAGUCCUACGAGAGCCAGCUCAGCCACAUCAGCUACUGGCUUAACACCCUGAAAGCCUUGACGCCGCUGGACAACCACAUCCUGUUCGGCGGAAGGGUCCAGCAGCCCCUGGCAGUGGUCCUGGUGGGCACGCACGCCGACCUGGCCGACGUUCCCAGGUCUUUUUCGGGAGAAUUCAGCUACAACAAAGAGAGAGCUCUCCUCAAGGAAGUCAGGAGCAGGUUUGGAAACGACCUGCAGAUCAGCGACAAGUUGUUCGUGAUGGACGCCGGCGCUCCCAACUCCAAAGACAUAAAGCUGCUGAGAAAUCAUCUGCAGGAACUUCGCUCUCAAAUAAUUUCCAGCUGCGGCACUAUGACGCUGCUGUCCGAGCGUCUGUUGGCGGCGUUGCCCGCCUGGCGUAAGCUGAGCGGACCCAACCAGCUGACGUCAUGGCAGCAGUUUGUCAGCGACGUCCAGGAGAACAUCAACCCGCUGGUCAGCCAGGAAUAUCUCAGAAGUUUGGCGAUGCAGCUGCACAGCAUGGGAGAAAUCAACAUCAUGCAGAGCGAGACGGUACAAGACGUGGUCCUCCUGGAGCCGCGUUGGCUCUGCGGGAGCAUUUUGGGCCGCCUGCUAUCGGUGGAGACUCCCAAAGCCAUCCACCACUACAGGGGACGCUACAGGCUAGAGGAGGUGCAGGCCCUGGCACCCGAAAGCGACGUGGAGGAGCUAUUGCAGAUCCUGGACGCCAUGGAUAUUUGCGCACGCGAUGCCGCCGACCUUGCCAUGGUGGAUGUGCCGGCGCUCAUCAAAGCAGGGGGGCUGCGUCGCUCAUGGACCGAGGACGACGGCGAAGGGGACGUCGGCGCCGUCUACGGCGGGGUCCGACUAGUGCCCGCAGAGCACCUGGUGCCGUUUCCCUGCGGUUUGUUUCACAAGCUGCAGGUCAACCUGUGCAGGUGGAGCAGACAGCAGAAGCCUGAUGAUGAAGAAGAGGAGGCGGAUGAAGAAAGGGACGCCGAUGUCCAUCUGUGGACAGACGGGGCAAAGGUGAGCCGGUGGGGUGCAGAAGCCAUGGUGCUGCUGGUCAAUCACGGCCAGGGCGUGGAAAUCCGGGUUCGUGGUCACGAGUCUCAGAGGGCCAAGUGCUACGCCAUGUUGGAUGCCGUUUGCGGCAUCGCCGAGAACCUGCUGGCGUCCACCUUGCCGGGGCUGCUGACGGCCAAAUACUACCUGAGCCCCCAGCAGCUUCGCGAGCGCCACGCUCCCGUUAUGGUCUACCAGCCCAAGGACUUCUUGAGGGCGCAGGCGCAGAGGGAGACCUCACUCACCAACACCAUAGGAGGCUACAGAGAGAGUUUCAGUGCCAUCUUGGCCUUUGGCUGUGCCGAGGUAUACCAGCGCGCCGUCCUGGGCCCCGACGUGCACAUAAGCGAUGUCUCGCCCUUAGCCCGCCGAAAGCUUUGCCGCAUGCUGGAUCCGCCUGACGCCCUGGGCAAGGACUGGUGCCUCCUGGCCAUGAACCUUGGCCUCAGCGAGCUGGUGGCCAAGCACGGCGGCAACGGGCCGGCGCCCGAUGGGACCCACCCGAGCCCCACGGCCGCCCUGCUACGCGAGUGGAGCGGGAGCUCGGGCGGCACAGUGGGCGUCCUCAUGCUCAAACUGCGGGAGCUGGGCCGAAGGGACGCCGCCGACUUCCUCCUCAAGGCCUCGCCCGUCUUCAGGGUCAAUGCCGAGGGGCUCGGCACCGACGCUUACCCCGCCGCCUGUAACGGGGGCACGUCCUACAACUCAAUCAGCUCCGUUGUUUCCCGCUAAAAGGAACCUCAAGCAUUGAUUGUCCCUGAAGAGGACGCGGGCGGGGCACUUCACUGCCAGUGAUGGCGAUAGACGGCCCCCACUUCAAAUGGAUUAGACGUCUAUUUGUGACAAACGUCUACUCGCUGGCCACGUCUCUUUUUUGUCAAAAGCCAUCAGGCAUCUCUUUGCUGUGUUCUACAUAAAAAACAGCAAAUCCUGGAUCUCCUGUUACGCAUUUUCUCGGAUGCGCAGAUUUUUCCAGAUCGACGUGCAAAGGACGCUUCUACCUUUAACGGCAUCGUUCUAGUACUCUGCCCCGAGUUUUCAGCUUCAACGAGAAUAUCAAUCGUGUCGCGUUGAAAGCAAACCUCGAUGACGACGACUUCGCACGUGAAAGGCGAAAGCAGUUUGAAUUAGUGGUCGACCAAUUUUUAAAAAAAAAAAAAAAAAUGUAGCCGAUUGCUGAUGUCUGAAGCCGAUAUUUUAAGCCAACAUUUGAAGUCGAGAUACUUUUUUUAAGGCAACACUCAUAUAUAAAUGUAUAUAUUAAAAGUUACCUUUUUCUUCUGCUACUUCCUUUUUUAACACUGGCCACUACGUGUUACAGAAUCACAAUUCAUAAAGAUCAUCAUCCAAACAGUGACCAUAACAAUUAUCCUAUCAUAUUGGCUAUAUUAUUAUCAUAUUUUCCCACUCAUUUAAUUUGGCUGACCGAUAUAUAGGUCGGUCGAUUUAUGGACUUUUUUCAAUAUCGGCCGAUGUAUGGCAAAUAAAAUUGAUGUACUGUAAUGUUCACUGUUUGUGUGACGAUUGUUAUUAAUUUUGAUUUUUCACAACCUAGUGGCCAGUCUUACAAAGGAAGUUUCAGGAAAAAAUAUAUACCUUCUAAUGUAUACAUUUAGAUAGCGAGUGUUCAAUUGCCUUUCAUAAUCAAUGUGCUUUUUGAAGAAAAAAAAAAAAAAAAAAAAAAGUAUAUCUACUUAUAAAAUUGUCUUUAGACAUAAGCAAACGGCUAAAUUUAGUUUGCUUUUUUUUAAAUCUGCAUCAGCCUUUGAAAAUCCCAUAUCGGUCGACCUCUAAUGUACAAUAUCUGUAUGUUUGUUUUACAAAACGCACAUCUCAUCUACCGUUUUGGCUGCCAAAGUGAUACCGCAGUCACUGCGUGUUUGUCUCGGUCCGUCCUUCCGUCCCGCUGCAGGAUUUCAUCCCAGUGCCUUUGUGGCCGUCUACCUCCCCCAAGCACAAAUCAGAGCAGGUGCCUUGUCCGCACUUAAAGAAAAGGAAACUAGUGUUCAUUAGGGUUGACAGGGUCCAGCUAAAGUACAAGAAGAUGUUUUGUUAAAAAAAUUUAAAAAGUGACUUUUGGACCAUAAAUGACAAAAGAAUUGGCAAUUUAUCAGAAAAAAAAACUUGGCAACUGUAGUAUAUAUAGGAUAGUGUACUUGCUUUCUCUUAAAAAGUCUGCUUCAAACCAAAAUGGCAAUCUUCCGGUUCAAUUCGGGACACGGGUCUUUCAGUACGCUAAAUGUCGCACCCUACCUGUCCCGAUCAAGGCGUCAGCCAUCUUGAAUUAAUUUAAAAAGCGGUACGAAAUAAAAGCGAUUUCAUGGGCAAGAAUACUAUAAUAGAAAACCGACAAGAUACUUUUAAUGGCUUAUAUAUAAUAUUUAACUAUGGCUGCCAUUAACGGUGCUAGAUGUCGAAUCAAUUUUGACUGGGAGGGCUGGAACUAACAUUCGCCCCGCCCAGUCAAAAAUGGAUUGGACAGCUAACGCCCGGUAAACUAAGGCUAGUAAGUUAACGUGACUAAAUGAUAAGCAAAUGAAUCUUAUUUUUAAGUAAAAAUGUUGAGAGACAUUUUGACCGAAAAAUUGCAACACUUUUUUUUUUGUGCUUCUUAAUAAUGGUGAACGACGAUGAAAAUUUUACAUGUUAUGUUAGCGAAAAACAUGAGGUUGAUGCAUAUGACUGACUUUCGUGAAAAUGAUGUGGCGGGGCAAACUUGGCCCCCAGUUUGACAACCCUGCCAUAGCGUAUUUCAUGAUAUAGACAACCUGAUGUAUUUUAUACCAUUGUAGCCGCUGUUAUUUGUUUUUCAAGAUGGCUGACAAGUCACGCAUGCACAGGACAGAUAAUGCGGGCGCAACAAAUAGCGUAAAUUGACAUAAUUUGUCUGAUAACAUAAAAAUAUGAUCAGGUUUUUUUAAAACUAACUUUCUUAAAUUAUAAAAUUUGCAUUUUGCAUCCUUUUCAAUCCAGAAGAAAACUCUUGAAUUUGAUAUAAUACACCUGUACCACGAACGUUAGCUGUUAGCUUGUUAACAAGUGUAACGUUUUCUACCCAGAUGACUCAGCAUUUGAUACCCCGCCCGCCACUUUAGCGUUCUGUUUUGUCUUUGACACGUCGUCCAUUUUGUCCGCGUAAACGGACCAAAAGCUGCUAAAUGUUACAUUUUAACCACGUUUCCUUCCACAUUUUAAUGUGAUCUUUUCUUUGUCUUCCCCUCGUGUCACUUUUCGCUGGCGUUUGAAAGCCAACUGAAUGUACGACAAAAAACAGGUUAAUUGUGUCGACGUUAAUGUUGCCAAUGUUGCGUGGCUUUAAAUGUACCACGGCCUUGUCCGAUAGCACACCCAAUAUCAAGCAGAAGGGAAUUAUGUUUUUUAAGUAACAAGAUUAACAAGAUCUUUGACCAAAACAUGAAAGGAUUUUAACCAGCUUUUUGAACAAUUUGUAUUUUUUUUUCUACGUCUGCUUUAUUUAUGUUCUGUACCUUUAGCAUGUUCUCAGUACUUUAUAGUAUAAUUUUUUUAAAAUAAUAAUAAAAACAUCUUUACUGAACGCUUUUUGAGGUGUCAUGAAACCUUUUAUUGGUACGUAUUGAUACGCAAAGGUAUAGGUUUGCAUAUAGGGACAUAAAACUACCAACUUUUCAGGAUGCUCAAUUGCUG